CUUCAUCCCCACCUUGAUGACUCGUCAGCCAAAAUGCAGAUGAAGGGCAUGGAAGGGGGCACGUAUUAUGGCGUCCUAAGUGCCUGCGAUGUCGACUUUGCCAAUAUCACCCAGGUCAAGACGUUUCUGCAUGAGCUCAAGCACCUGGAAUACCUGCCAAUCCUGGGGGCCCGUUAUGCAGAAUAUUUCUGGUAUGGGGUCAUUGUCGUAGUGGUCCUGGUGGCGUUUAUUAACAGGAUGUCAUCGAUUGUUCGAAGACUGAGGUUCCGUCCAAGUAUAACCCAAAACCCAUCCCUCGCCAACCUCUAUUCAUUCUCAAGUACAAUCCUCGCCACCAGCACCGCGUUGGCUCGAGAACCAUCUUACCUCCAAUGGACACCACGUACUCUGUCCCCUUGGUUCACGAUCCCGCCAUUUGGACCCAUAUACAUCAUCCUCUGCUACUUUGCAUUCAUCAUUGCAUUGGAGUUCAUCAACAACGACGUCCCGGGUGCUGGCCAUUGGCAGUUCCUUGGAGCUCGUGCCGGGUGGCUUGCAGCUGCCCAAGUCCCCUUACUUGUGGCCCUGGCAGGCAAACGAAACCUGAUUGGCAUGCUCUGCGGUAUUCCGUAUGUCCGCUUGAAUGUCUACCAUCGCUGGGUAUCGAGAGGUCUUCUGCUGCUCUCGACCUUUCAUUUCGCCUUCCAAAACCACGGAUGGGAUCUCUACCAUAUAAGUAAACUCGAGUGGGACACAGACGACUGUCCCACCAAGGGCAUUGCCGCCUACGCCUUCAUCCUGUGGAUGAAUCUCACCACCCUCGCCCCUUUUCGGCACAUGAGCUACGAAUUCUUCGCCGUACAACACAUCAUCACCUUUUUCGGUUUCAUGAUCGCAUUAUCCUACCAUCUGGACACCGGCACCGCUCCCACCUCCCAACGAUACAUCUACGCUAGCGCUGGCAUCUACAUCGCCUCCUUAAUCCUGCGUUCCAUCUACUACACCUAUGCCAAUUCCCGUCCUCCACACGCCACCCUCGAAGCCUUAGACGGCGGCGCGACCAAAAUCCGGAUCACAUCUCGACAAAUCCAAACCUGGCAGCCCGGCUCACACAUCCUUGUCUCGCUUCCCCGAUUAGGCCUCCAACUUUCCCACCCCGCAACCAUCCUAUCCACCCCAUCAUCCCACAACGGCGAAUUAGUCCUCAUCCUCAAAGCCCACCAAGGCUUCACCAAAAAGCUAAUCACCACCGCCAACAAACCCUCCGACCCCGAAUCCACCCAACCCCACCACCGCUCAUACCUUGCCCUCAUCGACGGACCCUACACCACCUCCGCCCCCGAUUUCACCACCUUCGACACCCUUCUACUCAUCGCCGGUGGAACAGGUGUAACCUUUACCCUCUCGCAACUCCUCCACAUCGCACACCGUUCCACAACCGGCCCUUUACCUCUCCGCCAAGUCCUCUUCAUCUGGGUGAUUAAGAAAAAACGCCAAGCAUCAUGGGUCCUCGCCGAGCUGCACGCCGUCCUGCAGAAACUCCAGAACACCAACGUCCAAAUCCGGAUCAAGAUCUUCAUUACCCAUGACCCUGACAGCACCACUGAGGACGAAAAAUUCACCCCCAAUCCCAAUCCCAACCCCUCCGUACCCUUCACCAGCUACAAUAACACCUCCGACGACGACGAAAUCAAACACCUCCCCUUCCCCUCCACAGAGAACCCCCCCUCAGCUCCGCAAAUAUCCUUCCAACCCAACCGCCCUUCCCUGGCUGGUUACAUCGAAGACGCGGUGUUGCAAGCCGGGGGCGAAAUCGCGGUUGCGGUAUGUGGCCCCAUCGGUCUAACCGUUUCUGUGCGACAGACGGUGGUCCGGGUGUCGGAUGGGUUAGGCGUUUGUAAAGGGUCGGGCUUACCGGGGGUGUUUUUGCAUGUGGAGAAUUCGUGUUGAAUUUAGAUAUUAUUUAUUCAGUAUAUAUAGUUUCAUGGAAUGUAUAUAUGAGAG